GAUGGAUUAUAUAAAUAUCCUGGAUAAAACGAAAUGGUAUUUCCAAAUUUAAAUUGUUUAACAUGGAUGAUGUUAAUAAUAAUCAUCCUCAUCCUCAUCAUGGCAAUAAUAAUGAUUUUAUUUUGCCAAUAAAUGUUGGCCAUGAAUGUCAAAUUCUUAUGAACAAUAAUGAUGAAUUACGACGAUGUCAACAUGAUGCAUAUAUUGCAUGGAUUCGACCAUGGCAAUUGGAACUACAAAAUAAUUAUCAUCAUUUUAAUCAUCAUCAUCAUCAUUAUUAUUAUCAACAACAGAAACAACAAUCUAAUAAAUUUGAAAGUCCGGAACAAUUAAAUGGUAAACAUCCUUGCUGUUACCGAUGGGCAUUGUUAGAUUGUCUAACCGAUUCGGUACAAAAAUAUUGCCCAAUGGCCAAUACUUUUGAUUCAAGAACUUUUCAAAUGAAACGUGAAGAAGUAAUCUUCUACUAUGAAUCAUUUCAAUGUCAAGAUUAUCCAUUUGAUGGCUAUCAUUGUCAUCUUUCAACAUGGAUGAUUAUUUUGUCAAUAUUUUUGGCCAUCGGUACGAUUGCUAUUAUCAUCAUAAUUGCCAUUUAUAUUUACCGUUAUGUUUGGCAUGAACGAGGAAAAUUAACGAUACCACCACAAGAACCACCACCAUUAAUCAUAAGAACACGACGAAAUAAUAAUGAAAAAAGAUUCCAUCCAGUAACAGAUUUAUAAUAAUAAAUUUUAAUUGAAAUAAAAAUUCAUUUUAUUAUGUGAAACAUUUAACAAAAUUUAAAAUAUAAAAAACUUUUUUUAUUGCAAAAUAAAACGACAAAAAUCAGCCUUUUGUAACU